UUCAGUUGGAUAACUUCUCCUGCAGCAACAGAGCUUGAAAUGACUGUUCUGGAUUGGCUUGCUAAAUUGCUCAAACUGCCGGAUGAUUUCCUUUCAGCAGGCGAAGGUGGUGGAGUGAUACAGGGCACAGCAAGUGAAGCUGUUUUAGUUGUGCUAUUGGCUGCUCGUGACAAGAUUUUACGGAGGGUUGGCAAAAAUGCCCUUGAGAAGCUUGUGGUUUAUGCAUCUGAUCAAACGCAUUCUGCACUACAAAAAGCCUGCCAGAUAGGAGGAAUCCACCCAGAAAAUUGCAGGUUGCUGAAAACAGAUUCUUCUAUUAACUAUGCCCUCUCACCUGAUGUACUCGGUGAAGCGAUUGCACAUGACAUUUCCAAUGGUUUAAUCCCCUUUUUCUUAUGUGCUACUGUUGGUACUACUUCAUCAACAGCUGUUGAUCCUUUGCUUUUGCUUGCAAAGAUUGCUAAGAGUAAUGGAAUGUGGUUUCACGUGGAUGCUGCUUAUGCUGGAAGUGCCUGUAUAUGUCCAGAGUACCGCCACCAUAUUGAUGGUGUUGAAGAAGCUGACUCCUUUAAUAUGAACGCACAUAAAUGGUUUCUAACAAAUUUUGAUUGUUCUGCGCUUUGGGUUAAGGAUAGAAAUGCCUUGGUUCAGUCCCUGUCUACAAAUCCAGAGUUUCUGAAGAAUAAAGCCUCUCAAGCAAACAUGGUUGUGGAUUACAAAGAUUGGCAAAUUCCUCUUGGACGUCGGUUUAGAUCAUUGAAACUGUGGAUGGUGUUGCGACUAUACGGUAUAGAAAACCUGCAAUGCUACAUAAGAAACCACAUCAACUUGGCAAAACAUUUUGAAGGGCUUGUUGCUCAAGACCCAAGAUUUGAGGUUGUUACCCCUCGGAUAUUUUCAUUAGUUUGUUUCCGCCUUCUGUCGUCUCAAAACAAUGAAGAUCACGGCAAUAAACUGAACCAUGACCUAUUAGACGUCGUAAACUCAAUGGGGAAAAUUUUCAUUUCUCACACAGUUCUUUCAGGCAAAUACAUUCUACGUUUUGCUGUAGGAGCUCCAUUGACAGAGGAGAGGCAUGUCACUGCAGCUUGGAAGGUUUUGCAAGAGGAAGCCUCAACCCUGCUUGGAAGUUUGUAGAAGUUCAUCCAAAAGGAUCCUCUCCAUUUCAAAGGAAGUGGAAAGGAAUGGAGAGGAACCGUUAGGCAAAACAAGAGGGUAAAAUGGUCUUUAUAAAAUUGAAAAGACCAUUAUGCCCUCCUAUAUUGCACUUACCGGUUCCUCUCCAUUUCCUUUGAAAUGGAGAGUAUCGCAUUCCGAAGUUCAUCUGGUGUCAACCUAUGAUCAUUUGGCUUGUUAAAGUAUUAAUUAAAUAAAUGAUUAAAUUCACAUUUUUCUAUUAUCCCAAACUUUUAGAAUAAAUAGCGAUUUAAUAUGGUAUCAAAAUAAAGAUUGUGAUUAGUUCUAACCCUUGACAGCUUACUCUCAAUUUCAAUUAAAUAUUCUAUAUGUUGAGUUUU